CGGCUUCCUAUAAACAUUGCUUUUAUCGUUGGUAUUGGUCAUUUGACUAAUGUUGACUUUGUCUUUCAUUUCAGAGGAGAUGAAUUCACCAUGUCUCCAUCACCAGCUCAGAGGAACACGCACCUGGCCAUUUAUUUUAUCACCAUCCUCACUGGAUUUCCAACCAACCUACUGGCGCUCCACGCCUUGAUCCAAAAGCUGCGCAACAAGGCCACGCCCAAUGCCAUACUCCUCUUCAACUUGACCAUUUCAGAUCUAUCGUUCCUAACGUUCCUUCCUUUCAAGGUAGCAGAAAUCCUUCAAGGCCAGUGGAAAAUGCCAUCGUUCCUGUGCCCUCUCAGUGGGUUGUUCUACUUCAGCACCAUUUACUCCUCCACCUUGUUCCUGACUGCUGUCAGCGUAGAGAGGUUCCUGGGUGUGGCCUACCCUCUUAAGUACAAACUUUACCGAAAGCCCAGCUAUGCCGCGGCCAUAAGUGGUUUCCUGUGGGUUUGUUCCUUUGCUCACUGCAGCAUCGUCUACGUUACGGAGUACAAAAAUGAUGCCAAUGCCAGUAUGAGGAUUGUCUGUUACGACAACUUCACGGAGAAGCAGAUGGAAGUCCUUGGACCUUUCCGCCUUGAAUUAGGAAUAGUGCUUUUCUGCUUUCCUUUUCUAAUAACCUGCUUCUGCUACUGCAGCUUCAUCAGGAUUCUGGUAUCUUCUCCGCACAUCCACAGAGAGAAGAAGCAACGGGCCAUCGGACUGGUCAUUACCACCUUGAGCGUCUUCGCUAUAUGCUUCGCCCCUUACAACGCUUCUCACCUGGUUGGGUUUGUGCAGAGGAAGAACGUCUCCUGGAGGGAUGAAGCUCUGCUCCUCAGUACACUCAACACUUGCCUGGAUCCCAUCAUAUUUUACUUCUCUUCCACUGCCGUACAGCAUUCUUGCAGGAGGUGCUUAGUAAAGCUGGGCCUUUGUAAAACUCAUUCAGCGCUAAAAAAAAUUAUCGGCGAACCCCACAUUAAAACAAACCCGCCGGACAUUUCUGACAGCCAGUUCCAUAGCUCAAAACUUUAAUAUUUGUGACCAUGACUUGUGAUUUUGAUGUUACUGUGGUUGCAAAACCAUAUAAAGCGGAGGUCAUUUCCUGGGUCCCUGGGCAUGUAUCACAAGCAUACAAUGGAACAUUCCAUCAAUAUACAGACGUGUGACAAUGGGUCCUGCAAUGGUAUAAGCCCAGGACAUUUAGACAUUCAACACUUGGUCAAUGGAAGACUCAAAACAGCUGAGUAAAAAGAAAAUAAACCUAAAAAUCCAAAUAUAUAUAUAUAUAUAUAUAUAUAUAUAAAUUUAAGGCCUACAUUCAAGUAUACACUGUGUAUCAUCUCUGGUACUAAACAUCUCAGGGAAUAAACAACUGUAGUGCAGACUCCCACACCUCUGUACAUAUAACCCACUUAAUGGAAGAUACAGACAUUUAUUGCAAUGGUCAAAAACUGUGUGAUACAGGUCUGUCUUGGUUAACAGUUCAUGAAUAGAAAUAUUGACUAAUGGUAAAUACGUGAAAUGAAAACGUCCUCUUGUGACUACACCAAUGGGAAUGUGCCUCUAUAGCAGGAGAUAUUUGUUUGAACCCCGAUUUCUCCACCGUCCCCCUUUGGUUCUGUAUAGGUUAUACGCACAGCUGUUGAGUACAUGGUGGUGUUCUUUGUUCCUAUAUUUAAAAGAAACUAUAAUUUAAUAUGUAUAUUUUUCCUUUUGGGUGUGUCUGUAUAGUUAUGUGAUUCAUUUCUUGAUUCUCAGGGAGACUCGAUGUGUUUGAACUGCAAAAGAAGCCUGAAAACAAAUAUAUUUAACUUCAAAUAAA